UCUUCUUCUGCUACUUGGCUGUGGUGACAUCUAGUAUACUUGUAUGUAAGCGUGUACUACACAUGGCUUACAUACAUUUUAAAAAAAAUUUCAAGUGAUUUAAAAACCAUUAGGAUAUUAUUAAUAAAAUUCAAACAGCAUGAAUUUAAUAUCUUUCAUUGCAUAGCUUUAAUAGUCAUUCUAGUGGUAACAAUAAGUAAUUGGCUUGAGAAACUAAAAGCUUGGCUGAUCUGAAAGUCUAUUCAAGGUGCAAGCAGAUCCUUUUUCAUUCCAUUUGUUUGAACAAAAUAUGAACAUCGAGAGCAUAAAAAUAAGCCUCUGUUUGGAAUUAAAUGUGAGCAAGUAUCUGGUUGAUGAAUAAAUUGCCCAUGAUAAAGGUAUAGGAUGACCAGUAUCAUUGCCAAAAUUCCAAUCAAUUGUCCUUUGUCAUGAAAUUGAUCAAUCAGCUGUACCUUUUAUUUAGAGGUUUGAUAUUUAUAUUUUCAAAUUGAUAGCCAAAGUAUCUGAUGUUUAAAAAAUAACAUCAUUUAAAAAUCGAUUAUCAGUCAGCAACCAGUUUUUGUAACACAAAAUUUGUACUCUGUGACCACACCAUUUGUAGUCUUUUCUGAGAUUUUUAAAAUUCCGUUCAAGUAAAAAUUUAACAAUUGAUACAACAAUUAUAGUGUUCGUGACAUAUGCGGCCGUUGUCCCUGAUAAAAAUUUAAUUCAAAAUAUUUAUUGUAAAAAUAUUUUUUUUAUUUAUUAAAAUAAAUAUGAUUAUCACUCCAAUAUUGUGUCAGCAAUUAUAUUUUUAAUUUAAUAAAUGCCAAAAUUUUUUUCACAAUAGAUAUUUUAAAUUAUACCUUUACACGAAUUUGAAUUUCGCGCUCACUUUGGUUCUGUUUCUGAGAGCGCUGGUCUUUAACAAGUGUGCAUUGGGCAUGCGCAAGGAAUUCACAGUAAAGUAAUUAGUGCAUGAAAACGAAAGAAAUGUUGCUAGCGCUUCUAAUAUUGUUACCUAUAUGUGUGUUCUAUGGCUACUCUGUCCUGUGCAUUUUGAUUCGUCUUAAUCAGUCGCUCGUAGUAUCUCGAACACGCAACAAGCAUUCAUUUAUACUCCAAAUACUCCAAAGUGUACAUUCUUUAAUAUAAUAAUAAAAAGUGUGUCAACAUUUUUGAGUCAACAACACACUAACAAUAUACAAGUGAUUAACAAAUUCAACUCUUGUUCUUAAGAAAAUUAGAUUUUUCAAAAUUUUCAUCAUGCAUGAACAACCAAGAAAUCAAUCAGCUCAUAUCAGCACCCUAGACUACAUGCAAAUAGAUGAUGUUGCAGCAACAACAGAAGAUUCAUCGUCACAAAUGAAUGAUGUAAUUUUUCAAGACAGGGAAAGUUUUGAGUCCACCCUUGGGGACUUACAGUCAAACAAAAAAGCACUCAUUAGCACAUUAACUAACUUAGCGGAUGAAUAUCAUCUUUUUUCACAAGAAAUAGUCCAAAUUAUUGAGAAAUAUUUUGAUGAUACAAACAAAACAAAUAAGUUAAAUGUUUUAUAUCUCAUAGAUUCUAUUAUAAAGAAUCAUCCUGGGAUAUAUCUGUCAUUAUUCAGCAAAAAUUUACGAGCUAAUUUUGUUCGAGUAUUUAAAGAGGGAAAGGAGGGUGUCCGGAAGUCUCUUCAUAAAUUGAGAAAUACAUGGACAGAAAUAUUGUCUUCAAAAUUCUUAUAUCCCUUGGACACCGAAAUAUACCAAUUGGACAGAGGAUGGCCAUUAGAUGAAUACCAUCCACAAAUAAAGUCACAAGAUAUGCAAAUGUAUUCAAAAAAAUCGGAGGAAUCUUUAUCUUUGUCUUUUUCUACUUCUACAGAUGAAAAUUCAAAAAGGUCAUCUGAAAAAUUACAUCAUGACACUAUCCAAGUUUUAAAAAUCAACAACAACAGACAUGCUACGAAAAGGUGUUCAUCGGAAUCAACAGUCAUUGAAAAUGCCAAAUUACCUAGAAGAGUCAAUAGCAGUUUAUUUGGUAAUAAAGAUAUAGAUUCAAGAAUUACUCCUACACCACAUUUAAGAAAUCAAUUAGCAACUGAUAUAAAAAAUAAGAGUUCUGGGCUUAUUUUAAAUGUUGAUAGUCAACAAAUGCCUAAAACCAUUAUUGGAAACAAGCACCAAUCAUCAACAUGGAUAAAUACAGUGCCAUCAACAAAUAUUAUUGCUCCUCAGUCAUUAAAUGCCUUGAAUACUUCUGUUCCCGAAUCGCAAUCGUCCCAGUCUCAAAUGAAACCUAACUGCAAACAAGAAUCGAAAAGCAUGACAAUAAAUACACUUGGAGCUGUAAAAAAUACACAAAUAAUUCAUUAUAGUGGAAAUAGUAAGAUUGAGCUGCCUCCGCCUGAUAUGAGUUUAUUAAAAAGAAUUAAAUCUGAUACAAUGUCUUGUAUUAUAUUGGACGGACAAUUAAGAAUUAUUAGACACUAUGGGGAUACAGCUGUUGUAUUUUUAGCUAAUGAUGAUCCAAGAAUAAUAACAUUUCAAGAGGGUACCAGAUAUUUCCAAGUAAACAAAUCAACAAUAGAGCUUCAAUUUAAUGAUGUUGAAAUGCCACUAUAUUUUGAUGGAAAUGUUCAUAUGAUAAAACUAGGCACACCUACACGAGAAUUGUACAUCGAUGGUGAGUGGUUCCAAAGUCAUUUCAAUGGUCAAGAAAUUAAGGUAACCAUUGGCAACGAAGAGAUUGGUGCAUCAUUACAUGGACCUGUACCAAAGGUCGUAAUUGGUCAUAAAACUGAUCUGGUAGUAGCCAGCAUUAAUUUAAUUAUUGAUCAUAGCAAAGUACAAACAAUAUUUCUUGAUGCUAAACCACAAAUAGUGCAAUUUGGCGACAUUGAAUGUACUCUGGAGUUUGUGGACUCUUUAAAAAGGGUUUUACUAAAUGGAAAACCGUUCCCAGUGGAUUUUGGUGGUUUUGAAAAAGCCAUAAUACUGAAUGAUAAAAAACAUUAUUUACGUUUUUCAAAACUUCCAAAGAACGUACUUCCAGGUCAUACAAAAAUCAUUGGAAUGAAAGGUGAACAGGCAAUACCUGUGCAACCAAAAUUAUAUACAGAUAAAAAAUUGGGUUUGAAUAAAGUCAAGUCCCAAGUCUCAAUGAAUCCUUCAAAACUAGUAAGUGGUGAGUCAUCACAGUUAUUAAAAAAUCCUACUAACAUGGCUAGUAGAGAAUUCAGUUCAAACAGUCCAUUGAAGAUUAAUGAACCAGUUGAUGUUCUUGCAUUACUUCAAAAAUUAAUAGCCACUGGGAUCGUCCCAAGCUCAAAUACAUUCAGCACAAAGCAAGAAACCUCUGGCAGCGAUUCAAUUGCGCCAGAAAUACCGUCGUUUGAUGAAAAAUUUAUUAAAAAUAAGAAAAAUGCCGCUAAAACUGUCAAAGAGCUAUACGAUGGCCAAUCUUGUAGCAAUUGUGGUAAAAGAUUUCAUAGAGAUGUGGCUUUCAAACUUUCCGAUCAUUAUGAUCGACAUUUCCAAGAAAAUGUCAAAAUGCGAUUAGCGAAAUCGAUUAUGCAAAGUCGAUGUUUUUAUAAAACUGUUGAAGAAUGGCAACAACAACAAGAUGAAGAAACGCCUGCAAGUACUGAGUCCAAUUUCUUUGAAGCUGCAAAGAUGAAGAAUAUUCAAGAAAAAAUAACUAAUGAUACGGAGCAACCUUCAGUCAAAUGUAGCAACAAUUUAGAUGAUGCAGCUUGUGUCAUGUGUUACGAUAAAUUUGAUGUGUAUUUCCAUCAGGAGUUAGAAGAAUGGCAUUACAAACCUACCAUUUUAUAUGAUAAUAAAAAUUUGCAUCCAAUAUGUUUGGAAGAUUACAAGAAAUUCUAUGAUGAAGAGUCAUCUAAAGUAGAUUUAACAGUGGAGCUUGAAAAAAGUGAGGCUAUUCAUAUGAAUGAAAAUUUCAUUAGGGAAGAACCUGUGAAUCAAACUGAGAAAGAUUCAGAUUCUGAUGGAGCGAAUGAAACUGUCGAACUUCAUGUUUUGGAGUCCAAUGUUCCAAUUAUGAAUGAAUCUUCAAAUAGCGGGACUGAAAAUUCUGAUGAUAUUGAAGUAAUAGAACCAGCACCUAAAAUAAUUAAAGUAGAAGAGAUUGAGGACUCUUCAGACGAUGAAGUUAAUGCCACUUCAAAUAAUGAUACCAAAAAAAUUUUGGAAACAAGACGCAAAGAAAUUGAAUUAUCCAGGAGUAUUCAAAAAACUGUCCUGGAAACCCCCAAGGACGUACCUUUAAUAUUUCAUGGUGUCAAAAUAAAGGAGGAACCAAUGGACAUUUCAGAAAUGGAAUUCGACGAAAUACCUAGAGGCGUGCUGGACAGUACUAAAGUUACCAUGCAAAGUACCAUCGAUGGGAACAUAGAGUUUGAUAAAGCUAUUCAAAUUGUCCCUAAGUUGAACCCGAUAAAACUUAACAUAAUAAAUACAGAAAAAAAGUCAGUAACAGCAAAAAGCAUUAAAACAGUAGAAAAAGUCAUUGAAACUGUUGAUAAACAACAGGAAUUACAUCCAUUAAUCCCUGCCACUAUCAAACCUAAUUUAAAACGUAAACAUUUUUCUACACUGCCCAAAGUAGUCAAAGGUAAAGAAGUUUCCUCAUUGUGUAGUAUAUCUUAAACGAAUACACCCACU